AUGAUCCUCAAGUGCGUGGCCUUGACCUUGACCGUGACCUCCCGUUUCUUAGGCAUCGCGCCGUCGGUAGCCUAUACAACAUCUUCACUCCAACAUAUAUCUCUUUUUAGCGCUGCUCUAUCUGCAUUCUCUAGCGGCUUCCGGCGACAGCGAAGCGCCACUGCCGCUAGCCUCCGUGAGUUGCACAACUCCCCCAUCUCACCUCUGGAACGUAACAACAACGAUUUCCGCCGCUAUAGAGAAAUGAAACGUGGGAAGGCCAAGGAAGUAAAGGCAGAGCCCAAAGUGGACGCCACCAAAGACGGAACUUUUCCAGAGGAUCCUCGGGCAAAGAGAAAGCAUGGAGAAGCCAAAGUGAAGCCAGGUGAUGAGCAGCUGGAUCAGGACCAGCUGCUACAAACUGAACCCCAGAGCGGUAACGUUGCUGGAGCAAUAGACAGGACGGGAGAAAUGGAAGAGAAAAGUGAGACGAAUGAAUCCGUGCCCACUAAGGACAUUCAUGUUGCAAAGAAACGACGGGGGGCUCCCAAGGCUCGGGCUAAAGCCUCUGCUGGGAAAAGAAGUGCAACAGCUGAAGGCGCAGCGAAUGGAGUUCUAGAGCCAGAUGAAGAGUACACUACACUGGCGAAUUCGGCGGCCAAAAGCCGAAAAUUCGUAGGGGCCCAUAUUUCUGCAGCAGGAGGGGUGCACAACGCGCCUCUUAGCUGUUUUAACGUAAAGGGCCAGGCCUUUGCACUUUUCCUGAAAUGCCAGCGGAAAUGGGUCUCCCCACCAUUGGCGGAUACGGCUAUCGCUGGCUUUAAACUGCGGUGUGAUAGUCUAAAAAUGGACAAGGAUGUACAGGUCCUACCUCAUGGUAGUUACCUGAUCAAUGUAGCCAAUCCAGACAAGGCCAAGCAAGAAAAUGCUUACAAUGCUCUUCUGGACGAUCUACAGCGUUGCGAGGCUCUGGGCAUCAAGCUCUACAACAUCCAUCCAGGUUCAACUGUCGGUGAAUGCAGCAAGGAAGAAGGAAUACGCAACAUUGCCGCCGCAGUUAACAGGGCCCACAAGGACACAAAAUUUGUUGUUGUUGUGCUGGAGAACAUGGCGGGGCAGAAGAACGUUGUCGGUAGCAAAUUCGAAGACCUGAGGGACAUCAUCGAACUGGUGGAAAACAAAGAUCGUUGGGAGUCUGCCUUGACACUUGCCAUCUUUUCGCAGCAGGGAUAUGACAUCCGCACGCCGGAGAAAUUCGAAAAUGUGAUGAAGGAGUUCGACUCCAUUGUUGGCUACAAGUUCCUCAGAGGGAUGCACUUGAACGAUUCGAAGUCUGAGCUCAGCUCAGGACUGGAUAGGCAUGAGCUGCUUGGCAAAGGUCACCUAGGGCUGGCACCGUUUAAGUAUAUCAUGCAACACCAGACACGAUUCAAGGACAUGCCGCUGAUACUAGAAACUCCAGACCCAACGGAGGGCACAAUAUGGAAGAAGGAGAUCAAGCAGAUGUACAGCUUCUUGAAUGAGGAGGAGGAAAAAUGA